CAUGUGUAUACGGUGCGGUUUUAUGUUCACGUUUAACGAACAAAAUAUAAGCAGUUCUGAAAAUGGAUAAAUGGAAAGACAUGGGCGUCAUCAGGCAUAUGCAAAGACACUUUCCCGCUUGUUUGUCGCGGUCGACAGAACAGUUGAGUUGUUUACAUUGAUCCUAGUCGUUGUCAAGCAGUAAAUACGCCUUUUACCUGUAACUAGAUUACCGUUACUGUUCUCUGGAGCACUGUUACUAUAAUGGCUCUUCCUCCGGAGAAGGCCUCUGAGCUGAAGCGAAUCAUUCACAACCAUCUGAUUAAGAUGGAUAUUCAUGGGAAGAUCCGAGAGGUGUUGUCUGAGACUUUGAGGGAUCACCAAGGUAGAACGCACCAAGUGUUAUCUGAAGCAGACUUUCUCCAUGCACUACAGCGCAGAGGCAUCAUUGAUGACGUGAUGAAGGAGCUACAAGUUCCACAGAUAGCAUCUAUGCAUAUGGAAGCAGGAUCUCCUCCAAAAUCCAGUUCUCAGUUGACGAACGAAGAAAGGUUUCGCCCGACAAAAACCAAUAUUGACCCAUCUACACGUUACCUGUAUUUGCAAGUGCUUGGUGGCAAGGCCUUCUUGGAGCACUUACAGGAGCCAGAGCCUUUACCUGGUCAGGUGUGCUCCACAUUCAAGUUAUUCCUGCACUUCCGAAAUCAGAGGUUUCACUCGAAGCCAGUGCCCUGUGCCUGUGAUCCUGACCUGCACGAAGGCUUCCUCUUCCAAAUCCACAUCGAUGGCACAGGCGAAGGAAGUAAGAUGGCGGAUGCGACUGCUAUGCUGUCCAUUUGUGAUCCGAUUCACUUGGUGCUGAUCAAAACUGACACUUCCAGUGAGACGGCUCUGGUCUCAUCCUACUUCCUGGACUGGAGGACAGUCCUCAGUUCACCGAAUGGGAAGACAUGCUUGGCUAUGGAACUGAUGGGAGUGGGAAGUGAAAGCAAGUUAACGGCUGGUGUUUUGACGGUCAGUCUGGAGCUCUAUCCUCCUCUCACAGAAAGACUGAGUGCUGACAUCAUCAGCACACAGCAAUCUCUGGAAAAGCAGAGGACAGCAGAAAAGGAGAGGAUCUUCCUGGUUUAUGCCAAACAGUGGUGGAGGGAGUUUCUUGAAAUCCGCUCAUCGAACCAGUCCAAAAUGGUCAAAAUUUUUGCCCAGGAUGAAAAUGGAAUCAACAGGCCGGUGUGCUCCUAUGUGCAUAUCCUCCGGGCCGGCCGACUGCUAGACAGUCCUCGACGGGCGGCCCGCUUUGUUAGCCUCCUGGCGCAUGAGAAGGCCCCAGUGGUAGGAGGAGGAGAGAAGCAUGAGCAGUGGUGCACAUUAUUGGCUUUCCUGUGCCAAGGAAAGGGGGACUGUGAGGAUCACUCAACCUUGUUGUGCAGCCUCUUGCUGGGCUUUGGCCUUGAUGCCUAUGUGUGUGUGGGCACCAAAGCUAAGGGGAUACCUCACACCUGGGUCAUGACCCGAGGUACUGAUGGAAGUAUAACUUUCUGGGAGAGCUUGACUGCACACAGGUACCUUCAUCAAGCCAUUGAUCCCGAUGCCCCACCUUUGGCCCCUCAGCCUAAACCCUCAUACUCCUACCGCACUGUGGGCUGCGUCUUCAACCACCAGAGCUUCCUGGCUAAUUGUCAACCCUCUGAUGCUGUGGAGCUGUGUGUCUUUGACCUCCAGAAUCAAUCUCGGUGGAAAGCAAUGAGUGAAGAGGCUCUGAAGUCAGUGUGUGACUGUGGCUCCCUCAACUCUCUGCCUCCGCUUCCUCCACUCACCUCAUCAUCUCUUGAUGCUGCUGCUGUUAGCAAUCAGCUGGAGCUGGAGAUGAGGUACUUGAUCUCCGAGCACAGGAAGGACUUGAAUCUGACAACAGUCUGGGAUGACCACCUGUCCUACCUGCUGUCGUCGGCCUUGUCAGCCUAUGAGAUGGAACGCUGCACUGGGGUCUCGUGUGGAAAUGAGGAAUUUCAGGAUGCUGUAAGGAGGGCUGUUCCAGACGGGCACACUUUUAAAGGCUUCCCCAUUCACUUCCUGCACCGCAAUGCCCGUAGAGCUUUUUCCACAUGCCUCAAGUCCCGCUUCUGCGAGGAGAUAGUGUGUUGUCGUGGUGACCACGUGAGGCUGGCCCUUCGUGUUCGGGUAUUUAUUUAUCCAGAGAAUGUAUGUGCCGUGUGGUUUAUGUUUGCUUGUAAGUAUCGCUCUGUGCUCUGACAGUCAGUUGAUGUCUGCGAUGAUGUCAGAACUAUCAAUUUAAAGCACUGUUUAUUGCACAUUGAGACUCAAGAUUUUAUUACUUACAAUAUUUUGAUUAAGAAAUUUACAGGUACAUUUGAUGACUAUUUUUAUGAUCAUACAGACAGUUCUUUGACUGGCUGUCUCUGCUUUUCUUAUAUUGCAGUCUUGCACUUUUCAACUGUGUUUGAUAUGUUGUAAAUAAAUAUUUUCUCAUUUUUGUGAACUUUGAAACAUUUGUAAUACAGUAUAGUGACAUACCA